AGGUUAAGCAAACAUUUUUUAACUAUGUUAUCUCAUAAAUAUUAUAUACAACUGUAGAAGUAUUGGUCAUGUGGCAAGUGGUAAUCGAAAGCUAACAAGGAACAAGAGAGUACAAAAAUUUAUGUCUUCAUGUGUUCUCUGGUUUCCUUAUUAAGCUAUUUGCCUGAGUUUGGCAGCUAUUUAAAAGUAUAACCUUAUAUACGAAUAUAAGAAAUAGUAGUUUAGAAAUGGAUGAUUUAACGCAGUUGGAUGAUGAAAGACGAACAAAACUCCAUCAAAAACUGUCGACCAUGAGUUUUGAGGAUCUUUUACAGUUGAAGAAAACAAUAGGUACCAAAUUACUAAAUGAGUCAGUCUUAGGCAAUUCUGUCAAGAAGCUAAGAAGAUCCUUUAAACGUUCUAAUAAAAAUUGCCCUCGAGAAAUAAGUUCUAAAAAGAAGAUAUCGCUACAAACCACAAAUGCUAUUUCUACUACAAGGCCUCAACCACGAGACCCAAGGUUUGAUUCUCUUUGUGGAAAAUACGAUGAUAAGAAAUUCAAACAAAACUACAAAUUUAUAUUUAACAUCAAAAUGAAAGAAAUGAAGCAUCUGCAAAGAGAAUUUGAGAAUGAAGAAAAUCCUGAUAGGAAAAUGAAAAUUAAAAGAUUACUACAAAGAUUGGCAAAUCAAAUCCAUGAACAUGAACAACAAGAAGCUCAAUCUAAGGAAGUUCAAGAGCUGUUAAUGAAUGGAUUUAAACCAGUUUUUAAGAAAAAAUCUGAUGUACGGUUAGAACAAGCUAUCGAAAAGUAUGGAGAAUUAAAAAAUUCAAAUAGAAUGAAAAAAUACAUGGAAAGGAAAUCAAAAAAGAUAAAGAAGAAGGAACAAAAAAAUAAACCUCCAAUAUUAUGAUGAAUUCGUGCAUGGACUGGCUAAUCACUUGAAAGUUUGUAAAAACAUUGAAAUAGUCAAAACAAAUUUUGCCAGAAAUACUUCAGUCUUUUUCCAGAUACGCAUAAAAUCAUAAGGUUAUGUUAGGAAAACAACACUUACAUAAUAAAUCAUUGCAUUGUAUUUUCCUUUUAAGUGGUACAUCUCAAAAAUAAAAAGAGAUAUAGAUUUGUUUGAAAGUGUAAAAAGUGCUUUUUU